AAAAAGCGACCUGAUUAAAGGAAGUGACGCAACAACCCGGAUAUAGACUGGGAAAAUGGCCGUGCAGGCUGUGCAUCUCCAGGGGGAUGCCUUCCUUGUUUGUGUGACCCACUCUCUGAGUACGGAGAGGGAGGAGGUCAUGGGUUUGUGUAUCGGGGAAGUGGACACACAGAAGGUUGUCCAUAUUUACUCUGUGAUCAUCCUGCGGCGCUCAGACAAGCGGAAGGACCGAGUGGAGAUUUCGCCCGAGCAGCUGUCUGCCGCCACCAUAGAGGCAGACCGGCUGGCGGAGAUUACCGGGCGCCCUAUGCGAGUGGUUGGCUGGUACCAUUCACACCCACAUAUUACUGUAUGGCCGUCACACGUGGAUGUGCGCACUCAGGCUAUGUAUCAAAUGAUGGACAGUGGGUUUGUGGGGUUGAUCUUUUCCUGCUUCAUCGAGGACAAGAAUACCAAGACUGGAAGGAUCCUCUACACCUGCUUCCAGUCACUGCAGGCACAGAAGGGCUCAGAGUAUGAGAGGAUCGAGGUGCCGCUGCACGUUGUCCCGCAUGACACCAUUAGGAAGGUUUGUUUGGAAUCCGCUGUGGAACUUCCAAAAAUCCUAUGUCAGGAAGAGCAAGAUGCUUACCGCAGGAUACACAGCCUGGGUCACCUGGAUUCCGUUACCAAGAUUCACAAUGGUUCCGUUUUCACCAAAAAUCUAUGUGGACAGAUGUCAGCAGUCAGCGGUCCCCUUUUGCAGUGGCUGGAGGAUCGCCUGCAGCAGAACCGGCAGCGUGUUCAGGAAUUGGAGAUUGAAAAAAAGGAGCUGCUGCAGGAGUUGGAAAGCCUUGCCUGAACACCCGGAGAGGGUGUGAGGUCGCACAUGGAAGAUGAAGAGCACUGGUAGUGCAGGAGUAGGUAAACUUCGGAACUGCAGUUGUGAACUACACCUCCCUUAAUGCUCUUACAGCCAUAAUAAUGCUGGCAAAGCAUCAAGGAAAAUGUAGUCCACAACAUCUGGAGUGCCGAAGGUUGCCCACUCCAGGAGUAGUGUAUAGUAAUAUGAUAAUUUAUCAUGAACUGACCACUCAUUUUAUUGGACUGUUUCAUUUUCAUGGAUUACAACUAGUAGUAAUGAUGAAUUUGCAAAAACUGAUUUCCAAAAUAUGUACUUGAUGUAGUUAUGAAAUUGAAGCGUUACAAAAUAAAUAACUCCAUGUUAAAUAUAA